AUGAAGCGCCAGUUCAGUGGCAGGGAGCCGUUGUGGCGAGAUUCGGAGGUAAUGCGUGACACCUUCAAAAACGACCCUGAGCGAGAGAGCAAGCUCCAGGCGUCCCUCCGACGCCUUGAUGGUGCCUUCAACGCUUUGCAGAGCCAGGUGGAGGUAAGGCUCCACAAGGAGCAGCAGCGCUGCGCAGGCGGUGGGAAUGCUCCAAGGAAAGCGGUAGCUUUCCAGAGGCGGAGACAAGGCAGUGCUGUUGGCCGAACGGGUGCUAGAAGCCGGCCUCGAAGCUGCGCGGAGCCUGUACCUACGAUCUCAUGUCCUGCACGGGCUUCCGGCAAAGGCGCGGGAACCACCACGGCGGGGGAGCUGUAG